CGGUGAGGAUGCGCCGAGGUGUUAUACAUUACAGAUAAACAAACAUCUGGUGUGUUGCUUAGCGUGGAUGCGGCUGUAGUAAGCUUGUUUACGAACAACAGCCUCAGAGCAAGAAGGAGCUCCUGCCAGCCAAAGACACCGGGAGCGAGUGCUUCCUCAAUACAGUAGCACACUUUGCACCUUUAAGAUGUGUUCUUCCCUCCUCCACAGCAUUCUCGCUAUUUUCCUUAGAAGGAUAAGUUCGCUCCCUCCUCUCCCCACCCCCUUAUUUAUGUCUCAUAGCUUCUGGUUAGACUUGCUGCUGCCAGAACAACACGGGGACAGAGAGAGGAGCCGGGAUUGUGGCAGAAGACAGCCGGGUCCCCGCGCGCUGGUGCAGGACAGAGACGCGCUCCUUAACAUGUCCCAUCGCUCUCAUGCUUGAGUGCCACUGAUGCACUUGACAAGGCAGCUGCUGGCAUCUUCACAAGUCGAGGAUCCCAGGAACAUCUGGUUGCAGUAGAGAUCUCGUCUGUAAAUACAUUCUUCAGCACACGGCAUAUCACCAUAGCUGCGUAAUCCACCCGUGAGAUCACUGCAGACACACAUCACUUGCCAUCCUCCCUGACUGUGAAUGGAGAUCUCUGUUUACACCAAGAUUGCCUGAUCUCCAUUCUCUCAGGAUGGAGAUGCUAAGACGCUCAUCUGUGUUUGCCGCCGAAGUUCUUGAGGCUUUUGACAGAUCUCCCACUGAUAAGGAACUAGUAUCGCAGGGAAAGGCUCUUUGCAGAGACUUUAUUCAAGCUCGGCUUCAGCGAGCAGGUCUGGGAUGGAACAAACCAGAGCAUGGAAUCUCCUCCACGGCUGGUGGACGCAUGGCUGAAGUAUCCGCCAUCUUCCUGCGACUAGGGGAUGAAUUGGAAUACAUGAGACCAGCUGUGUACAGAAACAUCGCCCGGCAGCUGAACAUCUCUCUCGCCUCUGAGACGGUGCUGUCUGAUGCAUUCCUGGCCGUAGCAGCCGAGAUAUUCACAGCAGGUAUCACAUGGGGGAAGGUGGUGUCCCUGUAUUCUGUGGCGGCGGGUCUAGCCGUGGACUGCGUAAAACAAUCCCAACCAGCGCUGGUCCUGACAAUAGUGGACUGCCUGGGAGAGUUUAUACGUAAGACGCUUGUCACUUGGUUGAAGAGGAGAGGAGGAUGGACUGAUGUCACAAAGUGUGUCGUAACCUCGGAUCCUGGUCUUCACUCCCAUUGGCUGGUGUCCAGCGCAUGCAACUUCGGUCACUUCUUGAAGGCGGUAAUUUGCUUCCUGCUCCGUGAACGAUAACAAUCUGUUUUGGGAAAAUGGCCAGAUGCCAUCUAUAACGUCAGUGCUAGCUUUGAAAACCUUUCACCGCUGGACUGUGGAUAAUUCGAAUAGCCUCCUUCUUUAAACCAUGUUUCAGCCUGAAUGACGUCUGUUAACAGUCUCCAUGGCGAUUUUAAACAGGUUGCUGUUGUGCAUCAGAACGUGAAACAGAAUUAUGCUACUCUUUUCGUCUGAUAACAGGUCCGCUAUUUCAUCUAUCAAGGGAAAGUUGUGACGCUGCUAUUACCAGCACAACAUUGCUUGCUCCUUGGAGCUCUGCUGACCUGGCAGGACGUGAACCAUGACAUUUCCCGUACUUUGAAUGGACAGAAGUGCUAUUACUAGAUACGCAUUGAUCACAGAUGGCUCUUUGAAUAAUACUGGUUCCAUCAUUAUCCUUCCGCAGUCUGUAUUUUGAUCUGAAUGGCACCCAUUUUGCCAUCAUGAUAUAAUUUAAGGCGGAAUACUAAGGCGUAACUUAGGAACUUUCCCCAGACACUUUUCCAUACUUCUAAAUAUAUUUUUUCUUUUG